GUCUCGUCUCUAAAUCUCGAAGUACAAAAGAUAUGAUUCAAAUAUUCGUUAAAACCAUUAACGGAAAGACACAUGUAAUCCGUGUGGCGACCGAUGAAACAGUUGCGGACAUUAAAGAUAGGGUUCAAAAAAUUGACGGAAGUCCAGUCAGCCGUCAACGAUUGCUAUACACCGGGAAACAAUUGUGUGAUGAGAUGACCUUGGCGGAUUAUGAAGUUCAGCGAGAUUCUACUUUGCAUGUAAAUUUACGGCUUCGUGGUGGCGGUAACAUCUUCAGUAUUUUUUCCGACGAUCCGUUUUGCGGUAGCAGCAGCAAAAAGAAAGCUUCCUCAUUUUCUACUUCAACAAAUAACCAACAACAUUAUUAUUCGCCUGUCACCCCUUCUCAAAAUUCAUUUUAUACUCCUACUACAUACAAAAGUUCUUAUAAUUCAUCUCAGUAUUCCAGUGUCACCCACGCAAAUAAAACAGCCUCAACAAAUAGAUAUUCAAAUAAUACAUCGUCUCUUUAUCUAAACAGUCAUUCCCUUUCAGGUUCAACAACUUCUCAAUCCCCCUACACAAGCAGAGUAACUUCGUCCACCCUCUCAACUUCUACACGCAAUUCUACCAGUUCACACGCAAAUAAAACAGUCUUAACUUUAACCCCUCCCCAAUCUCCUACUCAAAACUCCGUUGGACUCCGCACAAACCGAACAAUUUCCAGCUGUUCUCAUGUGAAUAAAACUUCCUCGACUUUAACCCCGCCUCAGUCCCCUGCACGCAGCUCUGUCAGAACGAUUUCACCAACGUCAACCGCAACACGUAGUUCCAGCAAUCAUCGUUCAACUCCAACAACAAAUACCUACACAACUUCUCACAACUCACUUAACUCAAGUGGUACCCUUCGACUGCACAACUCUUCCGUACAUAAUUCCGGCAUCUCUCGCGUGACCAAAACCGCCCCGCACUUAACUCCUACCGCCACAAAGAAUAUCCGUUCAUCUUCGAAUCUGGCGAACAGUGGUUCUAUUUCUUUGAACGUUGUACCACACCAUUCCGUAGCGCUGACAAAAUCUCUUACACUUGAUUAUGGCAUAAGUAGAACCACGAAUUCACAGUGGUAUAUGGUUAAAUUAUAUUUGGCCUUGCCAUCCGAUCUCUUUGCACCUCAGUAUGAUUAUGAUUUCACAUAUGAAUUGGAUGACCAAGAACUUCACACUCGCGGACACAAGAUAUAUAGGCGGCCUUACGGAUUUAUGCGGUUUGCGCUCAAUGUCAAAGACAAAUAUCCGGGUGGAAAUGCUUGGCUCGGAGAUCGUGACAAGAGGCGUGGUACCACGACAAUACCCAAGGAAUGGCUA